AUGGUCUCAUCACUACGAAAGACCAAGGCGAAGAUUCCUUCGUCUUCAAAGGCUGCAACUUCAUCUACCAAAGCAGCUUCGAAUCCGUUAACACAGAUUUCAAAGCUGGAAUCAACCCUUCUAGGGGAAGAAUACGAUCCCAAUCCACUACUCUCACUCGUAUCGUUGGCGAGACAUGAUGAUCCUGAGAUAGUUCAUAGAGCAGUAUGGGCUCUACAUCGAGUCUUCAUCAAGUACAUCGGUGAGAAUAGAGUUGGAGGAAUGAACGGUGAUUUGAUUAGCAAGACUGCAAACCAGGAAAGCGAAAGUGACGUUGGUGAAGAAAGAGAAGUGAAAGCUUGGGUGAGGGAGAGACUGCUAGAAUACAUAGAAAUAUUGGUAGGAUUGAUGAGAGAUACUGAACCUGCUUUAAGAAGCUCUUCCGUUCCUCUACUCUUCUCACUUCUGCCUCCAUUAUCAAUGUCUAUCCCAUCAAUCACACCUCUCGUUCACAUACCUUACUUGCGCCUUCUCCUUCAUUCAUUUUUCAAUCCCACUUGCUCACUUCGGGGUGCCAGACCCAAAUCAUCAGGAGGAUGGAAAACGGUGGCUGCGAAUCAAGUUGAAGAAGAUGAGGGCGUUUUACCAUCGGAUGUAUCCAAGAUUAUCGUUGAUGAUUUCUGGGCUAAAUACGAUGAUAUCCGAUGGGCGUACUUCAAAGAAGCUGGUGUAUACCUUCAAAACCUCUCUUCGCCAUUGAAGACUCCUUCGAAUCUUUUAUCUCAAUUACUUCCCUUGACUAAUCUUCCAAAAGCACCUGAGGAUAUCAACGCUUUCUACAUCUCAGCUUUCUCCGAUCCUCCUUCGGGUAUAUCCUCUUCCAAGAAAACCAAGAAAACGACAAAGAAAGGUAAAACUAGAUAUACAGCUGAAGCAGAUGCAUUACCAGAUUGGAUGAAAGAAUAUGAGUCUUCAGGCUCAGAAGAUGAGAAUGAUUCAGAUAACAACAAUGACAAUGAUACAAAAGGUAAAAACAAAAAAAGAGUUCGACGUCAAAGAACAUCUCAAUUAUCAGUACAUUCAAGUGUUUACUCGGUUUUAUCACAUACAACUUUUUAUACUAUAUUAUGGGAAAACGUUUUAUCGUUUGUACGAUUAGAUGAUAAUUGGAUAAGAAAGAUAUUGGUAGGAUUACAUGGUGAUAAAGGUAUAAUGGGUCAUUUCAAACCUGAACGUAGACUUAGAAUAGCGGAUUGGUUAGGCUCUUUAGUUGAUCAAGGUGGAGCCAAUGGAAUGUUGGGAAUAAACGGUUUAUUCAUUUUGAUGACACAAUAUAACUUUGAAUAUCCUCAUUUCUACGAUCGACUUUAUGGACUGCUCGAUCGAAAUGUCAUGCACGUCAAAUACCGAGCGAGGUUUUUCCGAUUAUUGGAUACUUUCCUAGCUUCUUCUCUCCUUUCUUCAGCAUUAAUAGCAUCAUUCAUCAAGCGACUUUCACGAUUAGCAUUAACAGCGCCACCUGCAGGCGUGAUCUUGAUCUUACCGUUCAUAUAUAACUUGUUCAAGAGACAUCCAGGUACGAUGGUUUUAUUGCAAAGACCUGAUGCUGGAUUGGUUUUGAGAAUAUCAUCAAGUUUAGGUCAACAAGGUUAUGUUGAUCCUUACGAUGAAAACGAACCUUCACCUUUGAAGACAAAAGCUAUAGAUUCAAGCGCUUGGGAAUUAGCUGCCUUACAAAAACAUUAUCUAGCUUCAGUAGGAACAAUUGCCAAGGUUUUCGGGGAAGUUUUCACUAAACCUGAAUUUGGUUUGGAAGAUUUUUUAGAUCAUGGUUAUUCCACGCUUUUCGAGACUGAAACUAACAGGAAGAUAAGAAAUCCACCUGCUUUGUCUUUAACAUUAGAAACCGCUACUCCAGAAUCUGCGCUCGAGUUAUUCCCUUCAAAGGACAAAGAGAGGAGUGAAGGGGAUGUCGAUAUCGUUUCGCAACUAUGGGCAUUUUAG